AUGGUUCCAAUUUGUACAUGUGGGAGGACAUUCAAGCAUAGUCAAGUCACUUCUACAUAUGUGGCUAGAAAGUACUUGGAUGAUUUCAAUAAAAACCUUGAUUGGGCAAUUUUUGGUCUGAAGCAUCAAGUUAUGCAAGAUGUGUCUGUGGACUUGAGCAUAAAUCAAUUGUACAGAGCUAAGAGGAAAGCUAAAGAGUUCAUAUUAGGUGAUAAGAGGUUGCAGUAUGGGAAACUUAGGGACUAUGCUGAGAUGAUAAGAUUGGGAAUGAUACCUGGCAUGGAGAUGUUGUUCCCAACAGUUGAACAUAGAUUUUAUGUGAAGCAUAUUUACAACAACUUAAAGUUAAACUUAAAGGAUUUAGAAUUGAAGGUUGCAUUAUGGAAGUAUGCUGCAGUAACAACAGUUAGGGAGUUUGAGAAGAGGAUGCAAGAUAUGAAGGACUUGGAUAAAGAAGCACGAAAGGAUAAGCCUAUCAUUGCCAUGCUGGAAUGGAUUAGGGUUAGGUUAAUGACUAGAAUGUACAGUAAUAGGACUGAGAUUGAAAAGUUCACUAGUGACAUAUGUCCAAACAUAAUGCAGAAGCUUAAGCAGUUGAAAGUUGAUUCUAUAUCAUUUUCUGCUAUUCCAUUAGGUUGCUUUAUAUAUGAGGUUGAUAAUGAGUAUGAGAGGGUUGCAGCAAUUUAUAAGAAUCUGAAGAGGCCUAAGGAUUAUGUGCAUGCAUGUUAUAGAAAGGAUGCUUAUGUGGCUGCAUACAAGGAGAUGAUUACCCCACUGCUUGGCCAAGAUGAAUGGACUGAAACCAACCAACCUGCCCUUGUUGCUCCAAUUGUGUAUAAGCUUCCAGGCAGGCCACCAAUGAAAAAGAAGAAAGAUGCAGAUGAGCCAAACAACCCAUACAAAGUUUCUAGGUCAAAUAAAUCUAUAAAAUGUGGGUUUUGCCAUAAGGAGGGGCAUAAUUCAAGGAAGUGUAAGGCUGGAAUAACUGAUUCAAGCAGACCACCACCAAGUAAAGCACCCACAGCUCAAUGGUUCUCAUGCAGCCAGCCCAUCUCUCAUACUCCUAAGGAAAUAUGGGACACAAGAAAACCUCCAUCUCAGCAUCCAAGGGGGUUGGUACCACCAAGGGUAUUUGGGAGAAGUUAUUUGUUCUCAUAUGGAAGAUGUGGAUUAAGAGCUAAGACAUCUGGUGCAAUGUUCUCAACAGGGGAUAGUAUGCAAGGUAAGGAUAAGGACAAGGGCAACAACAGGGGCAAGGGCAAGGGCGAGGUCUUUGGGAAAUGA